CUUCCCAAAUGAAGAAGAAAAUCUGAUCUUGAAAAUCUGAUUUUUAGAUUACUUUUGUAUUUCUAUUUUUAGAGAGAGAGAGAGAGUGAGCUUUUGUUUUUCCAGGAAUGGAAGCGCAGAGAAACAGUGGUAAUAGAAAGGAGAAGAGAGGAUGGAUGGACGGCGGUGAUGAUGGUGAUGAUGGAGUGGGCCCACAGGCCAAGAAGAAGAAGGUUCCUGCUCUUGCCAGUGUCAUUGUGGAAGCUUUGAAGUUGGAUAGUUUGCAAAGACUUUGCUCGUCUUUAGAGCCUCUUCUUCGCAGAAUCGUUAGUGAAGAAGUGGAGCGUGCUUUAACAAAGUUGGGCCAUGCCAAGCUUGCUGGAAGGUCUUCCCCUCCAAGAAUAGAAGGGCCUGAAGGAAGGAGGCUGCAGCUUCAUUUCAGAUCAAGGCUGCCGCCUCACCUAUUCACUGGUGGGAAGGUGGAAGGAGAGCAGGGUUCGGCCAUCCAUGUCGUGUUGUUGGACGCAUCCACAGGCCUUGUGGUCCAAUUUGGACCCGAAUCAACGGCUAAACUCAACGUUGUUGUUCUGGAGGGUGACUUCAAUGACGAAGCUGAUGAUGAUUGGAACAAAGAGCAGUUUGAAAGCUUUGAAGUGAAGGAAAGAGAAGGGAAGAGGCCACUUCUCACCGGAGAUUUAUCGGUGACCCUAAAGGAUGGACUCGGCACCCUAGGAGAGCUCACCUUCACGGACAACUCUAGUUGGAUUCGUAGCAGGAAAUUUAGACUUGGUGUGAAAGUUGUCGAUGGUUAUUGUGAUGGGGUUCGUGUUCGUGAGGCUAAGACGGAGGCUUUUGCUGUUAAGGAUCAUAGGGGAGAAUUGUACAAGAAACAUUACCCACCCGCUCUACACGAUGAGGUGUGGAGAUUGGAUAGAAUAGCAAAGGAUGGAGCACUGCACAAGAAGUUAAUUAUGGCUGAAAUCUUAACCGUUGAAGAUUUUCUCCGGCUUCUGGUCAGGGAUCCACAGAGAUUACGUCAUAUCCUAGGAAGUGGGAUGUCAAAUAGGAUGUGGGAGAAUACAGUGGAGCAUGCAAAAACAUGUGUCCUGGGUGGGAAGCUCUAUGUGUACUACACCGACGAAACCCGGAGCAUGGGUGCUGUUUUCAAUGACAUCUAUGAGCUUAGAGGCUUAAUCACAAAUGGGCAGUUCCUCUCUGCAGAAUCUCUGUCCCAGAGUCAAAAGGUCUCAGUCGAUACAUUAAUGAAGAGUGCUUAUGAGAAUUGGAAUCAAGUUGUGGAAUACGAUGGCAGAGCUCUAUUGAAAUCCAUAAACAGCAAGAAAGCGCACGCCCCUCCCGAACCCACCAUUGACUACAACCCCUCCAAGGAUCACUCUAUCGUGCCUCCAACACAUGCCCAGAAUUACUUCACUUCUAACCCGGGAAUGCAGUUCCGAACUGAAAGCACACAAUUCUUGGAACACAAUGAUCAGCCACCAUAUGAAUCUCCGUUCAUCCAAUCGGACCCUACUGUCAGCCUGGCCCUUUCAACCCCUCAAGCAUCAAUCCCUCAGAACAUGCAUUUCCGUUCUGUCAGCACGCCAGCAUUCAGUGGGGCCUAUGGGCGGGGAUCUGACGAGUUCUUAUCUGAGGAAGAGAUCCGUCUGAGGAGCUCGGAGAUGCUAGCUAAUGAUGAAAUGCAGUAUUUGCUGAGAACUUUCAAUGUGGGUGUUGGGGUUGGGGCGUUUAGCCAUUCUGAAGAGGCAUGCUAUAACUACAAUGCUGGUUAUGAGCCUCAGCCGGAUUGCAGAUUCAGCAGAGAUAGUGGCCGGAGUUCCGGGAAAGCAGUUGUCGGCUGGCUUAAGCUGAAAGCAGCUUUGAGGUGGGGUAUAUUUGUGAGGAAAAAGGCAGCGGAGAGGAGAGCUCAGCUGGUGGAAUUGGAUUGAAUGGGACUCGGCCUUGUGUAUUCGUGGGUGAAUUGAGAUAAUCUCCAGCUCUGUUGCAUUUGUUUGUGGGUGUCUUGAGUUCAUGUAUGUAAGAUUAAGGGGAAAUUCUGUUUGUUAAGGAAUUGUUCCCUUCUUUUCUCUGUAUUGUUUUGCUCCUCAUUCUUGUUUUUAAGGGAAAUGUAUUUCUGUUUUCC